CGAUCUGACAUCAGACGAUGAAGCGACGAGCGAGCAGUAAGAGCGGCCCUCGCGCGCGUAAGAAACGCGACCAGGGAGAGGCGGUCGAUCCGCUUCUUCUCGCCUUCAGGGAAAUAUCAGCCACCGUUACAGUCACAUCCAAGCACCGCGACAUCGCAUUCCGCCUGUCGUCUCCCGUCUGCCAUGGCUGCCGGGUCAACUCUAAGGAUAACCCUAACUGCUUCUGUGGCCUUGCGCCGCUUCCCGGAACCUUCCGAAAGCGCGGAUUAUGGCGGAAUAUCUCCGCUUCCAAUCUUAUCGGGGAUUCCGACGAUCUUUCCGCGGAGCUUCGCGAAUCCACGUCAUCCCCAGUAGGACUGACCAAUCUCGGCGCGACCUGCUACAUCAACAGCAUCCUCCAGUGCUUGUAUCGAAUCCCGGGUUUCCUGCGCGGAUUCUUCGCCACGGAUGACGUCACGCUACGUCAGCACCCGGUCCUCCUAGAGCUCGCUCGGAUUUUCGUCAGCCUGACGGCCGGCUGCCGGUCAGUGGUGAAUCCGUCUAAACUGACGGACGUGCUUCAGUUAGACAGCGACGUGCAGCAGGACGGUCAAGAGUUCAUGAAACUCUUCCUCUCCCUCCUCGAAUCCCUCCUCUCCUCCUCCCUUGGUUCCUCCUCCCUCGCCUCCUCCUCCCUCCCCUCCUCCUCCCUCCUCUCCUCCUCCUCCCCCCCCGUUUCUGCCCCUGCAUCCGCCACGUGUGCUGCUAAUGGAGCAGCCAAUCCCGUGCUGCCACGUGACUUUCUGGCGCACUUGUUCCGAGGGACUUACUCCUACGUGACCACUUGCUGCGAGUGCGGGCAGGCCUCGGCGUCCUCCUCCCGCCUCGUCUCCUUCUACGAGCUCGAGCUGCCCCUGCAACCAGACGACCGUCCCACAUCCAUGCACGCCACGACUCGCCCCCCUUCUCAAGCAAAGAAACCCCGGAAGGCCAAGGCCAAUGGGGGGGACGGAGGGGGAGGGGAGACGCCUGCUGCUGGCGUAUCCGUGUUGCGCUGUCUGGAGCGUUACACUGCAGAGGAGCGGCUGGAGGGUGGUAACCAGAUGUGCUGCGAGAACUGUAACCGCAAGACGGAUGCCAGCAGGAGGGUGUGCGUCCGCAGUGUGCCACCUGUGUUGAACCUACACCUCAUGCGAUUCGUGUUCGAUGCAAAGACCAUGAGCAAGAAGAAAGUGACAGCAGGGGUCCGCAUUCCUCUGGCCCUCAACCUCUCCCCGUUUGUGCAACAACAAAAUGAGCCCUCGAGGGAACCGAGUCAGCUUGAAGCCGAUGCGGAGAAGCAAGGUGGGGAGAAGCAAGGUGGGGAGAAGCAGGGCAGCAGGGGAGGAGGGGAUAGAGGGGAGGAGUGGAGGCAGUGGCGAGGGGGAAGGAGACGAGCAGCCACAGCGAGGGGCAGAGGAGGAGGGAGAAGCAGUGGUGACGGUGAAGAGGAGAACGCAAGAAGACUGGAAGCAGAAGGUGUUAGUUUUGAGGCGCCUCAAAACGCAGCUAGUGGUGACAGAGGAGGAGGGAGAAGUGGCGUUGAUGGUGCAGAGGAGAACGGAAGUAGACCGGAAGCUGAAGGAGAAGGGGCAGAGAGAAGAGAGGAAGAGGGACCAGAGCCUCUUGCUAAUUCCCACUUAGUAGCAGAGCCUCUUAAGUACCGUUUACUGGCGAUUCUGCUGCACAAGGGCAGCCAGGCGUCGUGCGGGCACUAUGUGGCGCAUGUCAGAGACACGAGGUCUGGGGAGUGGUGGCUGUAUAACGACGAGGAGGUGGCGUGCCUUGGACGACACGCCAUGGGGGAAGAUACGCGUGGUAAGGAUUGCAAGGGGGAGGAUAAGGGGGGUAAAAAGCCGGAUCGAAAGUCAGCUGGAAAAGCGAUGGGGCAAGGGGGGCAAGAGGCAAGAGGAGCUGAUGCGGCUGAUGCGGCUGAUGCGGCUGAUGUGGCUGAUAGGAAUCAUGGGGCGGCUUCUGAUGUCUGUGACUUGGAUCAGAUUCCGGAGGUAGUGGACGCCAGGGAUGGUGGUUCUUUUCCAGUGGAGGUAAUUGUAGGGAAAGGCAGCGGCGGUGGUGACUGUAUGGAGGUUGACUGUAUCGAGUACGAGCAAGGCAGGUCAGAGCGUGACUGUAUCGACGCGGAAUCUGGCGAGGAGGCAAAGAAGACGAGAACCAAGACAUUGUUUAAGGUUCUGGGCUUGGCUGACCAACCGUCACUGGGCAGUGCUGCUCGCCCCGCCCCACUUUUGAGUCGACUCAAAAGUGCUGCUCACCCCGCCCCACUUUUGAGUCGACUCAAAAGUGCGGCUCACCCCGCCCCACUGGGCCAAGACAGGAGCAGAGCAGGGGGCAGGCCAGGGCUUGACUCAGCGUCCGACUGCCCUGGCAAGGCACCUGUGAGGCAACUGCGGUCCAAGACCCACACCCGGCCCUCUGCAUUGACCAGACUGCCAGGGAUCGUGAAGCGGGAAGCUUUUGAGUCGACUCAAAGGCAGCUGCUGUCCGAAUCCCAGGCCCGGCCCUCUGCAUUGGCCAGACUGCCAGAGGGGGUGAAGCGGGAAGCUGGUUGUGAUUCUAAACUGGGUGCAGCAUGUGAGUCUAACGAGGGCAUGGCAUGUGGCUCCAAGCAGGGUGCGGGAUGUGAUAACAAGGAGGGGAUGACGUGCGAUUCAGGUCAGGUAGAGCUAAAUUUGGGUGCUGACAGGAAAGGGGGGAGGGUGUUGAAUGGUGGUGAGGGGGAGGGUGAGGGGGAGGAGGUGACGUCAGCAGAUGCAUACAUGCUGAUAUACGUGCGCGAGGGGUUUGGCGAGGGAGAGGGGGAGCGGGUGCGGCUGAGUGAGCUCAUUGAUUUUAUAGAGGCGGCUGGUGCAGCAGGUGCAGGUGGUAUCAAGUGUGAUGUGACUGACUCAGCUGCUGGGGAAGCACGUGAAACAUCUGCUGAAAAACCUGAUGCGGCCAUUAAAGCACCUGAGACAGCAGUAGAAGCACCUGAUGCAGCUGUGCAAGCACCUGAAGCAACUGCAGAAACAGCCAGUGAGAAAAAGCAUGGCAUAAUGGGAGGUGAUUGUGUGCGGUUGCCCCGGUUUCUCCUAGACGAGGUGACUGAAGCGAAUGCUGCAUUCUGGCAGCAGUGCGCGGACCAACGGAGGUGGGAGAAAGAGAGGAGGAAGAGAAUCGAGGAGAGGAGGAGUGAGGUGCGGAAUGUGCUUUCUCUGAUGCCUGUUGGGAGACAAGAGGUGGGCAUGGACGAGAAGAAGGUCGAGAAGAAGGAAGAGCAAGAGGAGGGAGGAGGUUUUUUCUGGAUCUGUACAGAAUGGCUCAAGGCGUGGGCUGAUGACGACAACUCCCCAUGCCCCAUUGACAACAGUGCACUGCUGUGCGCUCACGGGUUGGUGCCACGAGCCAGUCUGCCUCUGAUGAAACGGAUCUCGCCAGUUGCGUGGGCCGUGCUGCUGUCCCAGUAUGGCGGUGGCCCCUCUUUAUCCCAGGAGGCGUGCUGCACGGAGUGCCUCGUUGCAGAGGCGUUCGCAACAGUCUCUUCUCGGAGCUACAGGGAGGAGAAGGCGCGAGUGCGGCUGCUGGUGGAGGGGAAUUUGAAAGGCAAGGGCCUAGAAGGGGCCGGAUACUAUGUCUCCAAGCCUUGGCUCAACAACUGGCUGAGACGAACGAAAGGGGAUGCCCCUACUGCAGCUGACAGCAACCCCCUGGGUGGCCUUAUUUGUCCGCAUCUGGGGCUGAUGCCUGAAGCUGGAGGGGGGGAGGCGAGGAGGGCCGUUGUGAGUGGGGAGGUCUGGGGGUGGCUGAAACGGUGGGCUGAGGAGGGGAGGAGGAGGAGAGAGGAGGAAGAGAGCGUGAAGGAGGAGGAGAGAGUGAAGGAGGGAGAAGAAAGUGUGAAGGAGGAAGUAGAGAGUGUGAAGGUUCAGGGGAGUGUGAGAGACGAGGAGAGAAGCUCAAGAGAAGGAUCGGGAGAGGAGAGAGCAAGAGAGGGGAUGGAGGCCAAGGGGGAGGAGAUGGCAGAGGGAAAGGGUGAGCGGGAAAACCGAGGAGGAGCGGGAGGUUCGAUAGGAGAGGGACAGGCGCUAGCAAGCGGUGAUAGUGGUGCAGAUGGUGCUGCGGAUGGUGCUGGGGGUAGGGCUGAUGGUGCUGAUGGUGCUGAUGGUGCUGAUGUUGAUGCUGAUGUGGUGAUGCUAAACGGUCAGAAGGCUGAAUACUGUGUGGUUGAGCUUCCCGCCGCCACACCUGAGUGCCCAGCAUGCCUGGCGGCAGCAGCAGAGGCAGCAGAGCGGGCAGAUGCGCUGAGCUCCGUUCAGCAGCAGCAGAGGCAGCAGUUCCUCCGCCUCCACUCCAACCGCCCCCUCCCCCUCUCUCUUCCCCCCGUCCCCCCUGCCCAUCCCUCCUCUCCCAUCUCCUCCCACCCCUCCUCUCCCAUCUCCGCCCAUCCCUCCUCUCCCAUCUCCUCCCACCCCUCCUCUCCUCUGCCCUCCCCCACCUCCUUCCAUUCCUCCUCUCCCUCCCCCUCUUCUCCACCCCACUCCAUGCAAAGAAAAAAGCCGGAACAAGAGGAGUACCCCUACGUGCUCCUUCCAUCGUCCUGGCUUGCCCUGUGGCGCUCCUUCCUGUCCGCAACUGCAGCUAUGGCUGCCCAUCCCCCGCCCAGGCUGGAGGGAGCGCUGAGCGGGUUGCAGUGCAGGGAGCAUGAGCAGCUGGUUGUUGCCCCCCCUGGGAUUGCCAACAGGAAGGGGCAGCUGGUGCAAGCACACCCUGACUCGGAUCCUUUCACUAUAGUCACCCAGUCAGAGUGGGACGAGCUGAGCAGCCAGUGGGGCGGCACUCCCUCCUCUGCCAUCCGUGCACGCAUCAAAUCAAAUCCACCUUCUAACAGCCUGCCAACUAUGUCCAUUUCUUCUAAGAACCACUCUGUCAGUGCAAGGAGCCAUCCCUCCGCCUCUGCCGGUCACUACUGCCUGGAGACCAUCCCUCGUUUGUGCCCCAUCUGCUACAAGAACCCCGCGGAAAUCGCAGAGGAGGCGGAGAGAGCAAUGGUUGCACAGUUGAAGCGGCCGGAUUACAAGGAGGAGGAAAUUGUGGUGGAGCUGGUUAACGGGUCCGAGCCUCCCCCGUCUGUUGUUGCGUCAACCUAUGGCUGCCCGCCGAUUGCUGUGCCUGCUUCAUCUGCUGCUGCUGCUGCUGGUAGUGCUGGUGCUGGGUCCCUAAUCUCUAGCAGUGCUGGUGCUGGCGCUCCCAGUGGCAGUGCUGCCAGUAAGCUCCCAACUGUAAAGCCCACUCCACCACUGAGGGCUGUGGGGCUGGAGAUGCCGUACAAGCGACCUCUGAGAACCGGGGGAGGCCGGGUGGUGAUGCGGGUGUCAGGCGAAACGACCCUGCAGCAACUGAAGCUGCAGAUAUGGGAAGCCCUCGGAGUGGUUCCGGAGAAUCAACGGCUCGGAUUCGGCACCACCGAGAUCACAAAGCUCAAAGGAAACACCGAGAUUACAGAGCAUACAGAGACUGCAGAUAUUGCACAGAAAACAGAGGUUACAGAGGUUACCGAGGUUACAGAGGUUACAGAGGUUACCGAGGUUACAGAGGUUACAGAGGUUACUGCACUGGAUGAGAGGGAAAGGGUUGGUGAGGCGGCUCGAGAGCGCAUUGGAGCUGGCCGCAUGGGGGUUGUCGCAGGGGAUGGGGAUGAGAGCAUGACUCUGGCACAAGCUGGGGUUUUUGCCGGUGCUCGGCUGUGGCUGGUGGAUACUAAAAAGCAUAAGGAGAGAGACAUUGCAGAGGAGCUCCCUGUUGAGAUGGAAACGCACAAGGAGGAGGCAGGCUUCAAAGGCACGGGAUUGGCAAGCAGCUUCCCUAUAGCAGGUGUCGCAACAGUUGUAGCAGAAGCCUCUGACUCCGGUGUAUAAGGAAGAUGUUGCUUAACCUUAAGCGAAUAUAGUGGAUGCAUUUUCAGAAGCGUUUCUACCGGCUAGUGUAGUGGAAUAUAUUAGAGGCGUUUUGGUUUAGCCUUGCAUACUCGUAGUGAAUUCUUGCGUUCCUCAUAGGUGUAAUCUGGACUUUAUUUUACUUACGUUGAUACUGACGACGAUCAUUA